GUAUUGUGAUGAUUGACAUUUCCUCCAAAUUCAGACAGAUGGGACGGCCGCAGAGUGUACCCCACGUGACCCUAUGACGCCGAUGCCGACAUCCUGUGAACCCGGCAAAAUUUCUGAAGCUCUCUCAAGCUUCAAAUAUUGAAUCAAACAAUUCCAGCCCGAGCAAACCACCACAUUCCCUCUCUCACACAUAUACAAGGACAAUUUCCCUAUUUCUCGAACCAAUUCUCUAUAGCACAAGUGCGAAACCUCAAUACAUAACAAACGAAACACAAGCAACACAAGCAAAAAUGGACUCUUCAUCUCUACAGCAAACACCAGAUCUCUCCAAGUUGUCGGAUAGGGAUAAGCAGGAAUUGCAACAGUUUAUUAUGAAUGAGACGCAGAAGGCUAGGAUUCAACAGUGUAUGUAUUUUUCCUUUCUUUUUUUGGUUUGUUUGAGGGGGUUUUGUUUCUUUUUGCGUGGGGAUUUGGCUUGAUUGCUUAUUUGGUUGGCUGUUUGAUUUUGAGAUGGGGAUUGGGAUUGAGAUUGAGGGUAGAAUUGGGAAAUAGGAAUUAGUCUACUGAUUGCCAUUCCAUUCCUUCCUCCCUUUACCGCGCUCCCUCCUCCAUGAUGAUUUGAAAGGAGAGUGGGCAUUAUCAGCAGGAUUUAAAACAAGAAUCAAGAAUCAAGAAUCAACAAAAACACCAGCUGACCAAACCAAAACUACAGCCGUCCACUCCCUCACAGAUGUCUGCUGGAAAAAAUGCGUCACGGGUAGUAUUCGCAGCGGGAAACUGGAUAAGAGCGAGGAGAGCUGCACCAUGAAUUGUGUAGAUAGGUUUUUGGAUAGUAGUAUGGCGGUUAUUACGCAUUUGAAUGCUAUGCGGGCGAAUGGAGGGGUUUGAGGAUUUUGAUGUGAGGUUGGUUUGGGUGGGGAGGGGGGAGGUGGGUUCAUGGAUGGGAGGUGGAUGGGGAGGGUGUAUUAUAUGACGAGAUGCGAUGCGAUGCGUGGAUUUUAUGGUUUUGGAGGAAUAUCUACUAUAAGACGCCGGUUCGGACUCGAUAUCUAUCUGGUAGAUGUGAUUUGUGGAAAGGUGAAGAGACGGACGGACGGACGAGGUCAUAGAGUAGGAAUAUGAAUGGGGAUGAGGCAUGCAUGCAUGAAUGAUGUCUUUGUAUGAAUAGCAAAUCCGGGCGGGCUAUGGCAGAUUAGAUGGGAUUAAUGAAUGAGAUGAUAUGAUAUGAUAUCCUUAUUUGAACCCCGCUCUUGGUCGGGCUGU